UGCUAUGAUGGAAGAGGAGACGGCCUUAGGCUUUGAAUUCUUCUUAGUCGUGUUACCAAAUUCUUUGAAGAAGAUGAGGCUGCCGGACAAGUUUGCAAGGCUGCUCGACGGCCGUCGGCCCCGGGAACUGAAGCUGCGGGAGGCUGGGCGCCAGCGUCUCUUGUGGGUUAUGGAUGUAGUGUUCGACGCCGACGGCCACAUGUAUCUCGGGCGCGGAUGGGAGCAGUUCGCUCGUGCUCAUGACCUGCGGCUCGGACACUUCCUCAUCUUAAGCUACGAUGGCCACACCGUGCUCACCAUGAAGGUGUUCGACGGGAGCAUGUGCCGCAGGGACUACCAGCACCAUGAUGAUACCAGUACGCGCUUCUUUGUCUUCCUCUCAUUAUCAGAAGACAGUCUAUCUGUAGACAAUUCUGUGGAGUCAGCUAAUCUAAAGAAACUUUCGAAUAACUACGCCUUAUCAUCACAUUGCCGUCUUACAAAAGCGCAGAAGAUGAAAAUAAAUGCUGUUGUAAAAAAAAUUAAACCUAAAUUUAAAAUGCUAGUUGUACAGAUGAAGAAGUCAAACAUAAGACGGUAUACUCUGGAAAUACCUAAGGAUUAUGCUCUCAAGCAUUUUCCAUGUGAAGAUACAAGUAUAACACUCCAGCUGCCUAGGAAGAACAAAAAUUGGAAGUGCAAAUUGUAUGUCAGGCCAUCCGGUGUGGCUGGUGCUGGUCGGUGCAGCCUUUAUGUAGGCAAGUUUGUGCAUGACACUCAUGUUAGGGAGGGUGAUAUCUAUCUCUUUGAACCAAUGACUAAUGUUAAGCAGAGAAGAUAUGUAAUGACAGCCCAUCCACUGCACGAAGCGUGCAGUGAUCAUUCUGCUGGUGGAAGAACAAACAUUGGCUCAAAUCACAGAAGGACAUGCGCCAAAAUGGGUGACGUUAAGGACAAAACACCUACCGAUGGUGAAGAGUACUCUUCCAAACAUGAAGAGCUUGAAGUCUCCCAGGAUUCCGAGGAGACUCUCUUCAUGCUUGAUGACGGAGCUUAUCUAACACCAGCGCAGGAGAUGAAAUCUUUGGAGAAAGUUGAGGAGAUUAAGUUCAAACCACCUUUUUAUGUUGUUAUCAUGAGCAAGAGCACUGUCUGUCAGCGUGGCAGCCAAAACAAUCCCAUGCUACGCUUUGGUUCGCAGUACACGGCCAAGUAUUUUGGUGAGAAGUUUGCUGUCAGCCAUGAUCGUGGAAAGCACAGUGGAAUCUAUCUGCUGCUUCGGCUGGAGGGGAAAAUCAGAUCAUGGCCUACCAAGCUGCAGCAUAGCUCGCGAGGCUCGAAGGUUCUCAAAGGAUGGCCAUCUUUCGCCCGCGACAACCGGCUGCGAGAGGGGGACCUCUGCCUAUUUAAGCUGAUGAAGAACGAGGAGCCGCUGAUGAUGAUGGUCUACAUCGUUCGCCGCUAGAAAUGCUAUCCCAAAGCAUGUCUUGCAUGCUGCUGCUUCUACGAUGAACUUGAACAUGAAACUCUUAUUUAUAUCAUUAGACGAUUAUGUUGUUGGUUUCUUAGUUCUGUGAUAUCUUUGUUGAUUUGAGAGUAAUUUGGAUGGGUUAAGUUUGAACAA